AUGGCCAGGCUCCUCAUCACCUGCUGCUUGGUGGCCCUGCUCCUCAGCUUCUGGACCGACGUCGCCUUCUCCAAGAAGGGCAAAGGCAAACCCAGCGGAGGAGGUUGGGGCACGGGGAGCCACCGCCAGCCCAGCUACCCCCGCCAGCCUGGUUACCCCCAAAAUCCCGGCUAUCCACAUAAUCCGGGCUACCCCCACAACCCCGGCUACCCCCACAACCCGGGGUACCCCCACAACCCGGGGUGGGGACAGGGUUACAACCCAUCCAGUGGAGGAAGCUACCACAACCAAAAGCCAUGGAAACCCCCCAAAUCCAAGACCAACUUCAAGCACGUGGCCGGGGCGGCGGCGGCAGGGGCUGGGGUGGGAGGUUUGGGGGGCUACGCCAUGGGACGCGUCAUGUCAGGGAUGCACUAUCGCUUCGACAGCCCCGACGAGUACCGAUGGUAUUGGAAAACGGAGCUGGAGACCAAGGUGGUGACGAAGGUGAUCCGGGAGAUGUGCAUCCAGCAGUACCGCGAGUACCGCUUGGCCUCCGGCAUCCGGCUGCACCUCGCCGACGCCACCCUCGCUGCCCUCCUCCUCCUCACCCUCUUCGCCAUGCACUGA